ACGACACGAAAACAGAGCAGCCAUAGUACCGCCGAACUCGGUAAUGAUAGCAGCGAAACUAAAACCAUAUCCUUUCCAACAAAAAUAUCAGAUGGAAAUUCCCAUCAAAUGUUGUCUUCAAAGAUGCUGAAAAAGCCAUUUUCUUCAUCUUCAACUAAAACCUUAUUAGACAUAAUUUCCCAACAAAAACAUCCCAUUGCCUCAAUCAAACCCAUACUUUUAACCCUCAAAUCCAAACCCAAUUUUGCUCUUAACUUCUUCAAAUGGAGCCAAAGUUUCUCAAAAUCGCCCCACGGUUUACCCUCCUACUGUGCACUCAUUCACAUCUUUCUCUGCCAUCGAAUGUUUGGUUCCGCAGCUCAGGUGUUCGAGGAAAUGAUGGACCAUGUAGAUACAAAUAUUAAUGUUCUUGAUGCUUUUAAUGAAGGGUUUAGGGAUUUUGGAUCCAACCCAAAUGUCGUUUUUCGGUUUUUGUUGGAAAGUUACAGCAAGAAUGGGAAAUUGGAUAUGGCUUUCCUUGUGUUCAUGGAAAUGGCUAAAAGGAGGCUUUACAUCUCAAAUAAUUUGGUUUUUAGGAUGCUGAAUUCUUUAAUGAAUGCGAAUUGUGUUGACAACUAUGGUGAAUUUUGUAGAUUUUUUAGAACACGAGGUUUUUGUGUGUAUGGGAUUGUGAUGGAAGGGCUUUUGAAGAAUAGGAAGAUUGGAAUGGCCUUGAUUUUUCAUGAAAAGAUGAUUUUGAAGGGUAUAGAGGUUGACAUUGUUGCUUGUAACAAGAUUUUGAAGGGUCUUGCUGUAAAUAAGGAAAUAGGAAUUGCUUCUAAGUUAUUUGAUGUAAUACUAACUUUUGGUCCGUUGCCAAAUGUGGUGACUUUUAGCACACUGAUUAACAUGUAUUGUAAAGAUGGAAAAUUGGAUACAGCAUUUGAGAUUUACAAUGUUAUGAUAAAGAGGAAUGUAAUUCCAGAUUUAAUUCUGUAUUCUAUACUUAUUGAUGGUUAUUUCAAGGCAGGGAGAUUGGAUGAGGGAGAGAAGCUCCUCUCUGUGGCUUUAGAUCGAGGUAUCAAGUUGGAUUUGGUUGUUUUCAGCUUGGUUAUGGACGCUUAUGGCAAGGUAGGGGAUUUGGGGAGAGUGGUUCAGGUUUAUAAGAGAAUGUUGGAGGAAGAUUUAUCACCAAACAUGGUGAGUUACAGCAUUCUCAUAAGUGGUUUGUGUGGAAAUGGUAGGAUGCUUGAAGCUUGUGGCAUAUUUGGUCAAAUUAUCAAAAGGGGUUUUGAGCCUUCUCUCAUAACCUAUAGUAGCCUCAUUGAUGGUUUCUGCAAGAUGGGGAAUUUGAAGGAUGGUUUUCAUCUAUUUGAUGAUAUGAUAGAGAAGGGCCAUCAACCUGAUGUUGUUGUUUAUAAUGUGUUACUACAUGGUCUUUGCAAAAAAGGGAUGGCUAGAAGUGCUCUUAGGUUCUUCUUUAACAGUGUAAGCAGGGGUCUAAAAUCCAAUAUCUUCAUUUUUAACUCCUUGAUGGAUGGUUAUUGUAGGUUGAAACAGUUAAGGAAUGCUGUGAAGGUGUAUAUGUUAAUGGGAAUCUAUAGCGUAAAACCAGAUAUAGUAACCUACACUUUGCUUGUUAGAGGUGCUUCAAAGCAAGGAAAACUGGAUGCAGCACUGUUAGUUUUUUUUCAAAUGCUGAAGAGGGGUUUCCCUGGAGAUGCUAUAACAUACUGUACCCUCAUGGAUGGAUUCUGCAAACAUAAAAAUCCAACUGCUGGAUUGCAGAUAUUUAAACUGAUGCAAACGAAUGGAGUGACUCCUGAUAUUGCAGUAUAUAAUGUUCUCCUCAAUAUGCUUCUCAAGGACUCUCAUCUAGAAGAGGCAUCAAAGCUUUUCAGCCAACUUGUUGAGAAAGGGCCAAAACCCGAUGUCAUAACGUACAACACAAUGAUAUGUGGUUACUGCUCGUUGCAAAGAUUGGAUGAGGCGAUUAGCCUCUUUCAACAGCUGACUUGUCUCUUUGGACCCAAUUCAAUUACCUUUACUAUAUUAAUUGAUGCUUUCUGCAAGGAGGGUAGAAUGGAUGAAGCUAUGUCAAUGUUUUCCAAAAUGUUGGAGAAGGGUCCUGAACCCAAUGUGGUAACAUACGGUUGUCUAAUUGAUGGCUACUUCAAAUCUCAGGACAUGAGGACUGCCACUGAGCUUCACGAAGAGAUGCUCGAAAACCAAAUCAGUCCGAAUAUUGUCAGUUAUAGCAUCCUCAUUGACGGCUUUUGCAAACAAGGAUUAAUGCUGGAAGCAUCUCUUGCAUUCUGCUGUGCUCUAGAUAGACGUUUAUUGCCUGAUCUAGUUGCGUAUUCAAUUCUGAUUCGUGGUUAUUGCAAAGUUGGUAGAUUAGUUGAGGCCAAGCUGUUAUGUGAACAGAUGUUCAUGGAGGGAGUAAUGCCGGAUGAUUUGUUAGAACGAACCCUGGUGGAAUAUAAUCUCUAAAAUACCAAGGAAAACAAGUCAUGUACAGAGAUCUUUUCAUAGUCCACUAAUUUGUGCUCAUGGAUGACUGAUUUUUCACUCUCUGCAUCUUGCUAGUUUCAGGUACCUGAAUAUCUUCAGAAGUUUUACUUAUUAGUUAUGCAUUGGGUCACUUCUGGAGCACCCGCCUUCACUAUAUGACCAUUUAGAAGAAUUUUCAUCUUUGGAAUUGAUCAAUCUGUUGUUUAUUCUAACUGAUUGUCCUACUGGGACUUUAAAAAAAUUAAAAUAUUAACUUGGUUAUUCU